UCUCUGAUCUUUCUUUUGGUGGCCAGUGGUGCUUUGAAAAGGAGCCGCAGCAAUUGUGGUGGAUGGGCCUCGCAGAGAUGGAAGACAGAAGGAGAAUGAGCUGCCGAUACAUUCAUGGCAAAGCAGAAGAGGAGCUCCAGAACUUAGAGUGGUACCAUGAUAAUCUCACACGUCAUGCAGCAGAGGCUCUUCUUCUUUCCAAUGGCAGUGAUGGAAGCUAUCUCCUAAGAAAAAGCAAUGGCAAGACUGCUCUUUUUUCUCUUUCUGUAAGAGCAAAAGAUUCUGUAAAGCAUUUUCAUGUGGAAUACACAGGGAAUUCAUACAAGUUUGGUUUCAAUGAAUUUUUAAACUUGAAUGACCUGAUCAUGCAUUUUGCAAAUCAGCCUUUAAUCGGUAGUGAGACAGGGACCUUGACUGUAUUGAAGCAUCCAUAUCCUAGGAAAGUAGAAGAGCCUUCCAUUUAUGAAUCUGUGCGGGUCCACACAGCCAUGCAGACAGGAAGAACAGAAAUUGACCUUAUUCCCAGUGCUCCAUCGCUAGGUACUAAAGAAGGUUAUCUAACAAAGCAAGGCAAAAUAGUUAAGAACUGGAAAACUAGGUGGUUUACCCUGCAUAGGAACGAGCUGAAAUAUUACAAAGAUCAGACGUCCACAGAGCCAAUCAGAGCACUCGAUUUAACAGAAUGCUCAGCAGUACAGUUCGACUAUUCCCAGGAAAAAGUGAAUUGUUUUUGUUUAGUAUUUCCAAUGCGGACAUAUUAUCUCUAUGCAAAGACUGGAGUAGAAGCAGAUGAGUGGAUUAAAAUAUUACAGUGGAAACUGUCACAGAUAAGGAAACAACAACGCGAGCGUGAUGCUACACUCAGGCCGUAGUAAUUUUGGUCCCAAAUCGAACUGUGCAGAAGCCAACAUCUGUUCAUAUUAAUACUCCCUCAGAUUCAUUAUUCAGCAUUAAAAAGUGCUGCGCUGGAUCAGGUCAGAGGUUCUUUAAGCUCAGCAGUUGCCAACAUGCCAGCAACUUGUUUUUAGGAAAUUCCUGAAUGCUCUGUUAAAGCAGAAGAUGAUUACCUUGGAAGAUGAAUAUUCACCUGCCUUUCAUUAUUUUGGAUAUGCCCAGUGGCUACUGGCAUUCUAUAUUUGCCUUUACUGCCAGGUUUUCAUUAGUUCUUCCUAUGUAAGCAGUUUCAAUGAAAGGACUUGGAUUGUUUCAUAGCAUGAACCUGAACUGGUUGUGAACCUGCUCAUCCCUGGCUGCCAUUCUGUAUGCUCCAAACCAUUUGCACUGUGGUCUCCAGCACAAAUUACUUGCAGACUUUGUUUUUUAAAUAGUUUUGAUUUCAUCUGUGGCUUUGACCGGUGUUAAGAAUUCUCUGCUAAAACGUCUAGAUCGUUUUCUCAGAACUACUGUUGUCUGACUUCCUUGAUGGGCAAUCAUUAUAGAUAAUCUACUGCUAGUGGAACACAUUUCUACAGGCAAUUAGAUGAGAUAUUUUCUUGUACUGAAAGUCUGUUGUGCCACAUGAGGUGCUCCUUUAAAAGUCAGCUCCAGGUUUGGAAAGCUGUUAGCACUGUGCCUUUCAGAAGCUGCUUUCUGUGGCCAUGGCCCUCAUUCAGUAGUGGCUGUACUUUGCACCUGAUUGCUGCUGUUUUAAAUUUACUGCAAGGUCUCAAAAUGCCAGUGGAUACCCUCAGUACAGACAGAAUUGUACACAUCAAUGUGGCUUUGUUCCAAGACGACAGAGAAACUGCACUUAUGUCUCAAAACACAGAUGGUAAGAUGUAUCUUCAGCUACACUGUUUGAAUACAUUUGCCUUGUAUACACAGUAGAAACAUGUCUACUGGAAGCUUUAUGCUUGAAUGCACAUCUAAUAUGUGUGUUCUGAUCCUGGUUCAGCAAUAUAUCUUCUGCCUAUGUUCAGCAUACUUAAGCAUAUAAAGUCAUGUAAGAGAGAACAUACCUCCUUUGCUAGAUCAUAAGAGACCCGCAGAAUCAGAUCGUAAGUUUGUGUAGCAUCUUAUUACCUCCAGUUGUCAACUAAUAUCUUUGGAAGGAUGAAAUAAAAUUUUCUGUCAGGGUAUGCGUUUGACGUAACUAUGAUGUUCUAUGCCAGUAACUCCAAACCUGUUCCAUGCAGUUCUAGAGGCCACAGAACUUGGGCUUAAAGAAUAGUAAUGCAACAAGAGAUAUAAAAUAACACAACACACAUUAGGGAAAUAAUUGGCAUACAUAUAGAAUUACCAUUUUUAAUUAAUUUCCAUUAAUAACUAUUUAAAAUUAAUACCAUUUUAAGAGUACUAAAAUAUAUACUGCUAACUAGGGCUCUCACACUGGUUAACGUUUUCUUGUUUUUUAAAAAAAUCUUGUAAAACAUUUGUUUUCUCAUUUAAUAUUUUUCUGUACUACUAAUAGGAACAUUUCAAAAUGUUAUGCUGUCACCAGAGUGUGUGAAGACAAGAGGACCAUGUGAAUGAAGGAUUGUGCAAAUAUGUAUUGAGAACAAUUGUAUCAUAUUUUGUACUUUUAUUAUAAAAUUUCUAAUAAACCAGGAACAAAAAGAAAAUACAA